CCUGAGGGCCGCGCGCUGACGGGAGCGGCAAGAGGCUGCGACUGCUGCAAAGCCCCGUGUGUCCAGCGGCACCUGAGCCAGGCGCUGUCCCGCUCCUCACCCCCCUAUCCGGGGUCCCCUCUCUCUGCUCCUCGGCUGCUCUGUUUGUUCUUCAUCCCGUUUCUCCCCCCGUCCUCACAAACCCAUGUAACUCCCCCCGCCCUGCUUAAUGUGCCAGUUCCGAGACACGGAGCGUUAAGCCCCGUCUCCUGCUGAACUGUACAUUGGACCAAGCAUUUAUUUCGUGACUGAAAUCCGCACCGCUGUCUGAAAGAGUCGCAUCCCCCUGCCCUGACCCUUUUUCUUAUUGCGUGUUUUAAAGGAUUUUUUUCCCAUCUCUGUAAAGUGUCUCUUUUCGAGGUGCUUUUCUUCUACAAUAAAAAAGACGCUUCUGCAGUAAAGAGUCUUGCCUGGAUGUAUUUUUUCUUUAAAUAAAAAUCUACAUUGGAUGAACAAGUAAAGAUGGAUAAGAAAUCAUUUGAGACCGUGCUUGAUGAAAUUAGAAAGACUCCUAAAAAAUUUCAAAUGGAGUUGGAAAUCUUAGUCUGCAGAUCUCUAGGAGUCUGUGGACUACAUGUUGAAAACCACCGUUGUAAGUUGACAGCCUUUUGUGGACCUCUCAGAUAUAGUCAGCGGACCCCUGAGCUCAGUGCCACAGGCUGUGUUGACUGAAUACAAAUUAAAAGCUAUAGAAUAUGUGCAUGGAUACUUCUCUAGUGAACAGAUUGUUGAAUUACUGAGAUACUUUUCUUGGGCUGAACCACAACUAAAGGCAAUGAAGGCUUUACAACAUAAAAUGGUAGCUGUUCCGGCAUCAAAAGUGGUUAAUAUCCUGAACUGCUUCACCUUCAGUAAAGACAAGCUUGUUGCUCUAGAACUUUUAGCUUCCAACAUUGUUGAUGCUCAGAAUUACCGCCUUAUUGAGGACCUGUUCAGGAUUAACAUGUCAGAGAAGAAAAGAUGCAGGAGAAUUCUUGAGCAGGCUUCCAAAGGAGGUUGUAAAGCCCCUCAUGCUAUGAUAUCUUCCUGUGGCAUGAUUCCUGGAAACCCUUAUCCCAAGGGGAAACCAAGCCGGAUAAAUGGAAUUUUCCCAGGAACGCCUGUCAAAAAGGAGACUGAAGAAUAUACUAAUGAAGGGAAGGGAAUUGCAGCCCGUAUACUUGGGCCGUCCAAACCAGCCCCAGCAACGUACAACCCACACAAACCUGUUCCAUACCCCAUCCCACCAUGCCGGCCACAUGCAACUAUUGCACCAAGUGCUUACAACAAUGCCGGUCUAGUUCCAAUGGCCAGUGUCCUAGCACCAAGCUUACCUGCUCCUCCACCAUAUACCACUAAUCAAGUGGGAUCAGAAAACGAAGACCUUUCCAAUCAGGCAAAACCUUCCCAAAAUCAAGCUUUUUCUGCACAAGCGAAUCAGCUCUUUACUCCUCAUGGUUCUAAUCCUUCAACACCUGCUGCUACUCCAGUUGCUACCCCAUCCCCUGUCAAGGCGAUAAGCCAUCCAUUAGCAUCUGCCACUGCAGUCAUCCCUGGGAUGAGCAUGUCUACCCCUGUGCUUCCUGUUUUCCCAGGGCAGGUCUCCUCUUCCAUCCAUACAUCUCAGCCCUCAGUCCCAACCCCAUCUGUCAUCAAAUCCCUUUCAUUGCCUGGUGUUCCUGUCACAUCUGUUCAUAGUACAACCUCCAUCCCUGUUCCUGCAGUUUUCUCUGGACUGGCUUCUAUCCCUGCUGCUACGCCAGCUCCACAAGCUUCUUCCACACCAUGUGCCGCACCUGCCUCUAAUGAAGCUUUUGCAUCUGCUUCUGCACCAUUUGCUGGCCUUCCUUUUUCUGCAACCUCUUCAAUUGCUUCAGUUAAUAAUCCUGCUCCAUUGUCAUCCGUUUUUGCUGGCCUCCCUUUGUCCUUGACCCCCACUCCUCAAGGGAUAUCUAGUCCCAUUCCCUCUGCAAUUGCUAGCUCUCCUGCCACUAGCAUCUCUGGCCCACUUAGCUUGCCUAAUCCAAUUCUGUCGGUCUUAAAGGGAUUUCUGACAUCAAAUGAUACCUCAUUAAUCAGUGCUUUACCUUCUGCUGUGACAAGUGAGCUUGCCUCUUUAUCUGCUCUUGCUAAUCAAAGCUCUGAGCCUCCUGCCUCCUCUGUAAACAAAUGUUAUACUCCAUCUGCCACACCUACACCUCAACGUUCUUCCACACCAGGACUGGCCAUUUUCCCGGGUCUUCCAUCUCCCUCUGUAGCCAAUCCUAGUUCCACUCCCCCGGCAUUGCCAACUCAGUCACCAUUAACCACUUCACAAUCUGUUAUACCAGUCAGCUGUGGUGCCUCUGUUGCGCUUUUGCAUGGUGAGAGCCCUACUAAUCCUGAGCAUCAGAUUUCAUCAGCCCCAGCUGCCACAAGUAUUCCAGUUCUGGUCAAAACUGAACCCAUGAGCCCUACUCUCUCAGCCUUCAAAGGCCCUACUCAUUCAGCUGGCCCGUCUCAUGGCACAUUAGGAUUGUCAGCACUUGGGCGUGCAUAUACCUCUGCAACUUCAGUGCCAGUCAGUUUACCUAGUUCCCUUAAUCCAGCAUUAUCAGGUCUCUCCUCUUUGAGUGCUCCCUUAAACAGCUCCACUUCUCUUGCCUCCAUUUCCCUUGCCGCACAUGCUUCCUCUGCUCCAGCUGCCCCAGUAUUUAAUGGACUUCCUCCCUUCACGUCUCUGACCAGUAACUUUGCUUUUACUGGUAACUCAGCACUUACACCACCAGUCACUGUCCCAGGGUCUUUGUUAGCCACUCCAUCUACAACUGCUUCAUCUGUGUCUGCUUCUCAUGUGAAUUCUACAGCAGCUGUUCUCUCAGGACUCACUGCUUCAGCAACAGUCUCUGCUCCACCCUUUCCGCUUAACUUGUCCAGUGCCGUCCCCUCCCUAUUUUCUGUCACCCAGGGGCCUCUGGGAUCAUCAAACCCAUCCUUCCCUGGUUUCCCUGUCUCUAACACACCCACUGUCACUCCAGCUCUCCCUUCUUUCCCUGGACUCCAGGCAUCUUCUACAGUAGCAGCAGUUGCACCGCUGCCGGCAGCUGCCACAGCCCCAUCUCCGGCUCCGGUCCUGCCAGGGUUUGCCUCGGCCUUUAGCUCAAACUUCAACUCUGCACUUGUUGCACAGGCUGGCUUGACUUCUGGGCUGCAAACCCCAGGAAAUACAGUUUUCCCUGGACUCUUGUCUCUUCCUGGUAUCCCUGGAUUUACCCAAAGUGCUGCACAGUCUUCCCUGCAGGAGUUGCAGCAUAGUGCAGCAGCGCAAUCAGCGCUUCUACAGGCACAUUCAGCUUCAGCUCUAGAGAACUAUCCAGCUCAGCCUGAUGGUUUUACUAGCUAUCCUUCUGCACCAGGAACACCAUUUUCACUGCAGACAAGUCUACCCCAGAGUGGAUGGCAAUAAAUAUCAUCCUUUUCUUGACAAGCAAGACAUAUUUGAAGACUGAAGUGGUGGCUUGACAAAGCCUGAUCCUGUUGCCAUUAAGUUGACAGCAAAAUACACAUUGACUUCAAUGGGGACAUGAUCUGACCCAGAAAUUGGGACAGAGAAGCAAGACAAGAGUGAAGAGCUUCUGGGAAACUGUUCUUGUGUCAGAUUACAAACAAAUCCAUGAUUACUCUUGCUUUUAAACAAUUUGGGAGUGAUCCUGUGAUGUGCUGAAUAUCCUCAACUUCCUCUUUAGCUGGGGAGAUGGGUGUUUGGUUCGUCAUAGGACCAGGCCCUUUAAACACAGACUUCCUGUAUAAUUAGAACAAUUGGCAGCCAAACGGUAUGGGGAAAACGGUAUUCUAAAUAGUAUGUGAUAUUUUUCACCCAUCAUUCUUUUCAAAUUUGUAUGGUAUGUGUGGUAAUGUAGAAAGAACAUUUAGAUUGAAAUUAGACACUUAAAGCUGUAGACAAUCUUUAGUGUAGAUGCACAUCUCUCAUUACCAUCAGUAAGAGUUAUGUGCACAGAUCAAGGUCCGUGGGAUUUAUUCUCUCCUUCAUAUGCAUGAGUAACUCUUUAUUAGUAUCAGUAGUAUGUCGAGGGGAGACUAGAUCAGGUUCUUAAAAUGCCAUAUGAAACAUUGUGGACCUGCUGCUGAGCUGAAUACUUCUCUAUCUGAGUCAGAACAGAAGAAAGCCAGACAAUGAUGCUGUACGGUAUUCUGGGAUAGGAACUAGUUACUUUUAAUUGAGUAAAGUUUAGCUAGUGAGGAACACUUUUUACAGAAAUGCAAACAAGCCUUUCAUUUUGCCUCCAGGAUAUGCUCUUUAACAUCCCCCUACGAUAGUGGAAGUAAUUGUAUUGCACAUAGACUACCUAUCCAUCACUGUUUGCUGCAGGCUUUUGUGAAUGUUUACAGUCAUGGACCAAAUUCUGCUCUCACAAUGUAUGUAACCAAAACUUGGUUAUAUUCCUUGGAGUAGCAAGUGUGUAAGUGAGUGGAGAAUUUGGGCUAUGGAUUUUUAGCAUUUUUCCUUGGAAGACAUACAUGAUUUUAAAGGUAAUUAACUGCAUUGGCUAGGAAUGGCAUGACGCGGCAUAUGGAAAGGUCUUGCUUUGUAAGUAAAAUGCAGUAUGUGCACUCAUAAUAAUUGUAGUACCUGUGGCAGUGUGUAACACAUCAUUGAAUAUCAUCUCUUUAAGAAAAACUCUUGAUCAAGUUCUAAAAGACAAUAGAGAUGAUGAUAUGCAAUCAUGUGAUUUUAAAAUAAACUGUAGAAGAUAUACUGUAGAACAGUUCUGCACCUAGAGUUUUACUUUUUUAAAGAUGGAUUCUGCUGGAAGACAUUGCUAAUGUAUUUUCUUUCAAUGUGUGAACGAACUUUUUUAAAACAUUAAUGGGAAUUCCUGUAUUAGUUUUUAACACAAUUUUUUAAAAUAAGUUUACACUCGUGGCACUAAGGCUUUAGUGACUAUUUACCUAGUAGUUUAUAAAACACUUGAAUAAACAAUUUUUUACAAAAAAAAA